AUGCUGCAGAGGUUCCAUCACUCCAUCUCUAAGUGGAUGCUUCCGGAAGAGCUCCACGAACAGUACCGGGAGCGAGCCAACUGCUGCCCCCCUCCCAUCUUCAUCAUCCUCAUCAGCAUCGGAGAGUUAGCGGUGUUUAUCUACUAUGCAGUGUGGAAGCCCCAGAAGCAGUGGGUCACCCUGGGCGAGGGCAUCUGGAACAGCCCUCUCACCUACAAAUCUGACCGGCGGGAGGAGGCGUGGCGCUUUGUCUCCUACAUGUUUGUCCACGCUGGCGUGGAGCACAUCCUGGGCAACCUGGUGAUGCAGCUAAUGCUGGGCAUCCCGCUGGAGCUGGUCCACAAAGGCUUUGAAGUGGGCAUGGUCUACAUGGCAGGCGUCCUAGCAGGCUCCCUGGCCAGCUCCAUAUUUGAUCCUCACAGUGCUCUGGUAGGGGCAUCUGGUGGGGUAUAUGCCCUCAUAGGGGGAUACUUCAUGAAUGCUAUUGUGAACUUCAGAGAGAUGAUUCCUCUCCUUGGAGUGUUUCGUAUUGGAGUGAUUGUGAUUAUCGUCGGGACAGAUAUCGGAUUCGCCCUUUACAGAAGGUUUCUUACUCACGACGUUGGCUUGAAGGUCUCGUUUGUGGCGCACAUCGGAGGAGGGGUGGCUGGGAUGACCAUUGGUUACGUGUUCUUCAGCGCCUACAACAAGAAGCUCUUGAAGGACCCGCGCUUCUGGCUCUGCAUAAUCGGUUACGUUGUCUUCCUCUUGUUCGCUGUGCUCUUCAACAUCUUCCUUUCCCCUGCAUAAUUUCACACUACACAAAUGAAUGUGUUUUGAAUAACGGAAAUAGGGCAUUUCAGGGACUUUGAAGGUUAUCCAAAAAAUGUAAACCCCCCCUACUGCAGGAGAUAAGAUAUUUAAAUGGAAAGAGGGACCCCUGUUGUUGAAGUGUAGUAUUACACACAGCACAUUAUCUUUGCUACAUGGUGUUUUUAGUGAUGUUGAUAAUGAUAUGCAUUAUUCAUUUGAUCUCGAGGUUUUGUACUGAACUCAAUAUACCUCAGUUUGUUGGUGUUACGGGUGUUUUUUCCAUAUGAUGUUUGUCCUGAUUGGUCAGUGAGUGGCGCAGUGGUCUCCUGAGUGGCGCAGUGGUCUAAGGCACUGCAUCGCAGUGCUAACUGUGCCACUAGAG